CUCGGGCAGCGGCCGUGGGGAGCCCCGGCGGCGCGGCGGCGGGAGCGGCCCCUUUAAGCGUAGCGUAGCAACGGCCGGCGCGUCGCGGAGACGGGCGGGCGGACGGCAGAUUGUUAUAGAAAAAUGCAUUCUAAAUGAUAGCUACUGCUUGUUAAAAUGAACUGCAAAGAUCAUGCUUUGGAGAUGCAAAAGCAUUUGGAGAUGAAGAUGAUAAACACAAGGAAAUAAUCCAGCUGCUGUCAUUGUGACUCCUAAAAGAUUCUUCAUGUCAAAAUGAAUAGUCUUUGAGAAAAAUCUGGAAAACGGCUAAAUCCGAAAAUGGGAGAAAGAGUAAGGAGCCCAGAUUCUGAACAUGACAGAAAAUCAGAUGAGGAUAAAAAUAGUGACUCCUAUUAUUCAGAUGAAGAUAAUGCAUCUCAUUCAUCUGGUCGGUCACCAACACUAAGCUAUCAGUCUACAAACCAGGGGAAAAAAGAUCACAAAACGCAAGCUUCAAACAGCCUUGUGCAGUACCAAGCCACAAAGAAACUGGGUUCCAAAUACGCACCAAGCAAAAGAGGGACACAGUGGGGUUUCCGUUCGCAGAGCCUCACUCGGGAUUCGCCUGCAAAAGAUAUAGAUCUUGUUACAAAAAGAGUUCUUUCUGCUAGGCUACUGAAAAUCAAUGAGCUUCGAAAUGAGCUGACUGAGCUCCACAUCAAGCUAGAUGAGCUGCAGAAAGAAAACAGGGCGCUGAAGAGGCUUCAGCACAGGCAGGAGAAAGCCUUGAAUAAGUUUGAGGAUACAGAAAAUGAAAUCUCUCAGCUCCUUGCUCGACACAACAAUGAGAUUAGAAUAUUAAGGGAGCGCUUACGAAAAUCUCAAGAGAGAGAACGUACCACUGAGAGAAGGCUGAGAGAUUCAGAAGACGAACUGUACCGAACAAAAACUGUCUUGCAGAAACUGAAAAAGCUGUCUGCAGAUAAGCACCUUGCUGAAAGAGAUGACCUGGCAAAGAAAUUAGCAUAUGCCGAGAACAGACUAGAGGACACUGAAAAAAGAAUUAAGGAUCUUGAAAAAAAUCUUGAACUAAGUAGCAGCAGUUUUCAACGACAGUUACUUUCUGAGAAGAAAAAGGUGCAUGAGGCUCAUGAAGAAAACAGAAUUCUCCAAGAAGAGAUGCAUCAGCUAAGUCAGAAGCUAAAGGAAAAAGAAAGAGAACUUGAAGCAAAAAAUAUAUAUGCUAAUCGUAUGUUGAAGCUAUCUCCAAGAAAAGACGCAGAUGCUAUACAAAGAAAAAAAGCCAACAACCAAAAUAUUAAAAAAGGAGCACAGCUCACAAAAGGAGUACAAACCAGUGGAUACUUCUCACCAGUAGAAUUUCGUCCAGAAUCAGAGCUUAUUUGUGAUGAGGCAGUAAAUAAGAAAGAAGGGAUUCUUCUCAGAAUAGAAAAAGAAACUCAAGACAAAGAAUUGAAAGAGCAAGUAGACCUCCUGAGGCAAGACCAAGACAGGGAGGGGGAAGAGAAACUGAAAAAUGUUCAGGAACUACAGCCUUUAGAGGGUAGGGUUCAAAAACUGCAUGAUGAGUUGGAAAGGGAAGAAUAUGACAAAACGAAAAAAGAAAGUGGCUUUUUAUCAGAUAAAGAAGAGAAAACAAAGAUGGAGACAGAAAUACACAAACCUGAAAUAGAGAGAGAAAGCACUGAAAUGCUGGAAGAGCGACGAAAAAGAGAGUUGCUGCUUGCUAAAAUGUAUGAAAUUGACAGAGAAACUCAAAAUAUGAUGAAUAUGAAACUUGCUUCCCACACAGCACACACAAAUACAGCAAAAAAAUCUGACUCUUUAGAGAAAAAAGAGAAAACUAAUCAAUUCUUUGAGAUUCCAGAGAAGGCUACUAAUGGAUUUUCCCGAUAUGAUAGCCACGAUGAUGCCACAAGAACACAAGGGCAGAAGCAGAGAAAUUCAAGGACUUCAGAUUCAAGUAAUGAGUUAACGUUUGGUAGUUAUGUACCUUCAUUUGGAAAAGGAUCAGGGAGACUGAGUUGGCUUAAUCAAAAAAGUGACAACUUAGAAGAAAACGUUAAGGAAAGCAUAGAUUUCAGUAGUAAGAAAGAAAAGAAAUCCAAUUUAAUGGAACAGCUCUUUGGAAGCAGUGCCAAUUCCUUCCAUACUUCUAAAAGUAAUGAUACGACUUUUGACAUAGAUUGGGAUCCUAGUAAUACUCUUCCUGUCAAUAAAAAAGGUAAAAUCAAAGCAAAAGGGGACAGCGAACUUUUCAGUGAAGAAAGAAACCUAAACAGACAGAGUUUGCAACACCCUGCAAGCAAGCCAGCUGUUAAAGCCAUUGGUUCUUUAGAAGAUGAAAUUGAAGAAGUAAUCUUACAAUGACCAUAUUUUUUCAUAUUUUUCAUAUGUAAAUGCUAAAAAAAGAUAUUUUCAUACAAUAUUUAUUAGAUACAGAUUUGAAACAUUUCAGAUAUAUUAUAAAGCCUUAUGAAGGAAUGAUUUAGAUGAAUAGGUGUAAGUGCAGAGGAAAGAUGCACUCUGAUAGAACAGCAUAAUCUAAUGCCAUCUGCAGUGUGUUUCUUUUAAAAUGGGGUAUCCCAAUUCAGACCUCAGAGGUCAAGCAGUGACUGUUGGGCUGUGAUUCAGUGGCUUGGGGUUCCCGAAGAAUGUUUGCUCUGUGCUGGGAGAGACACGAGUAGGAAGGCAAGGAGUCAAAACAGGCUUACACCCACUCUGUCUUCAGUCUCCUGCACUCACCUUUCCCUCACUCUCUCUCCCUUCUCUUUCUCUCUUGCUCUCUCUCUCCCUUCUCUCUCUCACUCUGUAUCUCUCCUCCCCGUACUUUCUCUCUCUUUCUCCCCACAGGUUUCUUGUGCUCCCUUCUUACUCCUGCACUCUCUCUCUCUUUUAUUUUUUUUCUUUUUGAGGACUCAUUGAUAUCUAAUGGUAUGUAAAGUAAAAUUAUACUUCUCAGAAGGGAGCGUUAUUAUUUAUUGUAGAAUGAGUUGGCUAAGAAAGCAACAAGCUUUUCUGUGUCAGCACGGGCAUUCAGGGCAGCUACUAGACAUGCAUCUCUGGCUAGCUGAGGUAGGAAAUGUUUUACCUGUAGGCUGCUCACAGUUCACUACUCUUGAUUUGGAGUACUUCUUUUAGGCUUCAGAUAUUUUCUUUCUCAGGCAUUUGGCGAGCCUCUUAAUUGUGUUAGGAGAUGGCAUGUACAACUUCAAUGUUACGAAAUUGAGAGAAGAGGCUUAACUAGAACAGAGGCUCAGAUAGAAAGAGAAUAUUGUACACUGCAAUCAUGUUACCACAGAACCACCUCAACAGAAGCACAAGUAACUCAGGAACAGCUGAGUUUUUUUUGCUGCAUAGAUCCACUAUAGAUUUUCCUACCAAACUUGUCUAACUGUUCUCAUAUAUUCUGGUUAUAUUUAUUAUGUAAUGCCAUUUUUUGUAAUUUCUGAAUUUUUAUGUAACAUUCUAAU